AACCGGACACAGAAGAGAAGUAGUAGAAGUGAGCCGCCGGGUUGUAAAAAAUCCAACAACUCUGAAUAAUUAUUUCUCUAUUUAUUCUUCCAAUUUCUACGAAUGAUAACCUUCUCAGUGCAAAUUUGAAAGAAGGAAGAAAUGGGGUGUGGCAAUUUGUUCUUCACAAUUUUGAUAACUUUCUCAGUGGCUCUCAUAACAUACAACAUUAUCAUCUCUGCCAAUGCCCCUCUCAAGCAAGAUUUUCCAGGCCCUUCUCGUCCUUCAAUUUCUGUGGAUCCCCUUAUCAAGAUGCCACUUCACAGAUCCUCUUCUUCUUCUGCUUCUAAGAGGCUUUUUCACACUGCAGUUACUGCUUCUGACUCGGUCUACAACACUUGGCAGUGCAGAAUAAUGUACUAUUGGUUCAACAAGUUCAAGGAUGACCCUCAAUCUGGCAUGGGUGGAUUCACUAGGAUCCUUCACUCUGGCAAACCUGACAAGUUCAUGGAUGAGAUCCCCACUUUUAUUGCUCAGCCUUUACCUGCCGGAAUGGAUCAGGGUUACAUAGUCCUUAAUAGACCAUGGGCAUUUGUACAAUGGCUUCAACAAGCAGAUAUUAAAGAAGAUUACAUAUUGAUGGCUGAACCAGAUCAUAUAAUUGUCAAACCUAUACCAAACUUAGCCAGAGAUGGACUAGGAGCUGCAUUCCCUUUCUUUUAUAUUGAGCCUAAGAAGUAUGAGACAGUGCUAAGAAAGUAUUUUCCUGAGGAAAAUGGAUCAAUAACCAAUAUAGAUCCAAUUGGAAAUUCUCCUGUUAUUGUUGGAAAGGAACCCCUUAAAAAGAUUGCUCCUACUUGGAUGAAUAUCUCCCUGGCAAUGAAGAAGGAUCCUGAAACUGAUAAAGCUUUUGGAUGGGUGCUUGAAAUGUAUGCUUAUGCUGUUGCAUCUGCUCUCCACGGUGUUCGUAACAUAUUAUACAAAGAAUUCAUGAUUCAGCCUCCAUGGGACAAAGAAAUCGGCAAGUCAUACAUAAUUCACUACACUUAUGGUUGUGACUAUACAAUGAAGGGUGAGCUGACCUACGGAAAGAUUGGGGAAUGGAGGUUUGAUAAAAGAUCUUAUGAUCAUGUUGCUCCACCCAAAAAUCUGACAUUGCCGCCACCCGGUGUUCCAGAAAGUGUGGUGACUCUUGUAAAGAUGGUAAACGAAGCUACAGCAAGUAUUCCAAAUUGGUGGACAUGAAGAGCUCUAAAGGUGGUUAGUCACUGGAGACUGCUUUGGACCUAUGGCCAUUAGACACGGAUGAGCAAUGUACAUACUGCUGCUUAUGUACUUGUGUUGUAGAACCAAAAGUGUGAUUUUCUUAUAUAGCUGAGGGUUACACGUGAUAAAAACAUGUGGAUUUGUCACUGGUGCCUGAUAGAAUGCUUACGUUCAGCUGCAGCUCUAAUAUUUGGAUUUUUAAUUGAAAUUUGCUUAACUUUAUUCCAU